GAACGGGGAGCGAACGGGCCGGGCCGGGAGGAUGGCUGCUGUCCCCAAAGAACAGAGGACCCCACGCAUCGUGGUGACCACCCUGCUGCUCACCAAGCAGCUGACAAGAGAAGACCAUGGCCCAGAGGGGAAUUUUGUCCUUUAUGGAUCCUCCUCUUCCCAAAUCACUGAGGAAGCUGAAUAUGUGCAAAAGCUUCCUCAGCUCUCAGGCUCUCAGAGCAGGGACUGGAGCCACAGCCCCGUUGUGAGGACACUGAAGGAAACAGAGGAGCAGCUGCUGUUGGUGAGCAAGGAAAACCAAGUGCUGAGGAUCAAGCUGGAAGCCUUGAGGGAAGCUGGUGCCCAGGUUCUCAGAUCCUCCUCCCAGAAACUGGCUGAGAAUUACCAGACUAAGUCAGAAGGGCUGAAAAAAAGCCACGAGCAUGAGAAGCAGCAAAUCCAGGUUUUCAGACUCCAACAAGAAAAGAAGCUCCAGGAAAGCAGAGAAACCACCAACCACCUGGCUGAAAGCCUCCAGGAAAAAUCUUCUUGCAUCCAGGAGAUGGAGGAUCGCCUCCAAAGGAUGCAGGAGGAAAAGAAAACUCUGCUAGAGAGGAAGAAGUCGUUUGAAGAGAGGCUCCAGCAGAUGAUGGCAAGAGAAGAAGAUGGCAGAGGGUGCCUGGAUCUCCAGGGACAAAUUGCCACCCUGCAGGAGCAGAUUUCCCACCUCCAACACCUGAUCCAGAGGCAGCACCAUGGCCUGCGUGGCAUCAUCCAGGAGGCAGAGGUGUUGAAAAACAAACUCAAGAGCCAAGAUGCAAGAAUAGAAAAGCUGACAGAGAAGCUGAGCACCCUGGAGACACAGAACCAAGAACUGAAAGAGCAACUGGAGUUCUGGUCUGGCCAGCCCAAGACUCAAGUCUCCAAAGCUGUCUGGACAGACACCCCACGAGUUUUUGGAGCCCCCUCUUCCCUGCUGCUCCCCAGGAUAAGGAGGCAAGAGAGCUAAAGGAAAGCCUGGAUCUUUGUCUUCUGCCUUUCUCAGAAGGACUCAUCCUCUCCGGGACAACCUGCAGCCUCCUUGGUGAUGCCAGGCACCUGGAACAGAAACCAUGGAGCCAAGAAAAAACCUGGAAACAAGGCAAGAGCUGAGGAGGGAGGUGAGGAGCUCAGGCCAAGCAAACUGGGACCAGCCCUGGGCCUGUCCCCUGUCCCAAGGAGCUCCCACCUCCAGCAGACUCAGUUUACCUGGGACUCCUUUAGGUCAGAUCAUCAAAUAAACCUUUG